AUGGCCACUUCCAUGCCAGAUGAAGAUCUCGAAACAAUGGAACCUUCUAUCCGAAAUAUAAUUGACCAAAAAUCACUGAAGUGGGUCUUUGUUGGUGGAAAAGGAGGUGUUGGCAAAACAACAUGCAGCUGUAGCCUCGCUGUCCAGCUAUCCAAACACAGGGAGUCUGUUCUCAUCAUCUCAACGGACCCCGCCCACAAUAUCUCUGAUGCCUUUGAUCAGAAAUUUUCCAAGGUUCCUACCAAGGUCAGUGGCUUCCAGAACCUCUUUGCCAUGGAGAUUGACCCUAACCUAGGUAUAGGUGACCUGCCAGAUGACUACUUUGAAGACGAUAAUCCCUUGUCAGUUGGAAAGCAUGUCAUGCAGGAAUUACUUGGUGCCUUUCCUGGUAUUGAUGAAGCCGUCAGCUUUGCUGAAGUCAUGAAAUUGGUGAAAAACAUGAACUUCUCGGUGGUAGUGUUUGACACGGCGCCGACGGGUCACACCCUCAGACUUCUAUCCUUCCCUUCACUCGCGGAGAAAGGACUUACCAAACUCCUAAAACUCAAAGCACAGUUCAACCCAUUCAUACAACAGAUUGGUGGUAUGCUAGGAAUGGCUGAUUUCAGUGCAAAUGACAUGUUAUCUAAACUAGAGGAGACUGUGCCUGUUAUAAGGAGCGUUAAUGAAGCUUUCAGAAAUCCUGAUCAGACUACAUUUGUAUGCGUGUGUAUAGCAGAGUUCCUCUCCCUCUACGAGACUGAGAGAUUAGUCCAGGAGUUAGCCAAGUUUGGGAUCGAUAGUCAUAACAUCAUCGUUAAUCAGCUUCUAUUCCCAGACGAUGUCAGGAGUGCAUCGCAGUGUAAGAUGUGCCAGUCGAGAUACAAGCUGCAACACAAAUACCUAGAACAGAUUGAAGACCUGUAUGAAGAUUUUCACAUCACCAGACUGCCAUUGCUGGAGCACGAGGUGAGAGGGACGAAUAAAGUCUUAGACUUCUCGUCAAAUCUGGUUGUUCCAAGGCCUGCAUCGAUGUUCACCAAAAACCCUUCCACUACCUAGCAAAAAUGAUGUUUUUCGUUGUCUGUCUGUCUGUCUAUAUUUAUCAUAUUCCAUUCAAGGUAGCUAGAGCUCUGUUUCAUGGACUGGGCAGUAAAGGUCAAGUCCACCCCACUAGUGCUGGGCAGUAUUUCGAUACCAGCAUUGUGCAAUAUUGAAAAAAUAUUGAAUAUUCAAUAAUGGUUCUAUUAUUAAGUUGAUAUAUUGCGGUAACAUGAUAAUACUGCUCUGUAUUGCUUUGUACCAACUCAGCAAUAUUUUGCUGGCGAUAACCGACUAAUAUUGAAAUCAAAUAUUGACCGCCGCUUGUCCACCUAACAAAAAAGUUUGAUUGAAUUAAAAGGCAAACGAAUAUGACACUGACAAUUUCAUCAGAAUUGGAUGUAAAGUAAGAAAAUAAUGACAUUUUGAGAUUUCGCCUAUUUAAAAAAAAGAAGGUUUGACAUUAUGAAAAGUCUUAACUGAUUCAUUGUAGUUACAAGAAUGGAAAGUCCACAUGUUCAUGGAGAAAUCAAAGAUGGUUUCACAUUGUAAUAAGGAGAAAAUAAAAUUACUUCAUAUUUCAUAUAAUAAGAUACAAAAGAAAUAGUGAGUGGGUGACAUCAUCGGUUCCUUCACUUGCAUACCAAUCAGGAUGUGCAUUUGUGAAAUUAAUCGACACUCUAAAAUAUCAUAACUCUCUUAUUUGACAUGAUGAAACAUUCAGCAUUAAGCUUAUUUGAUUUUUCUAAUUUUUUUUCAAUUCAACUCUUUGUUGGGGUGGACUUGCCCUUUAAUAUUAAUUUAUGACAUAUUUGCUCUUAUAAAUUGAAUGGUCGACUCAUUUCAGUAGCUUAGAACAGAAACUUGUACAUUGUAACCUGCUAUUGAUGAUAGUUUCAUCUAACAGGGGGGCCCUAAAGGAAUGCUGCGUAUAAAGUGGUAUCUGGUUAAAUGGGUUAGAAUGAUGAAACAUGCUUCUAGAAUGCUGGGAAAAAAAUGCCCUUUAUGGAAUGUAGAGUCUCUGGUUCAAUAGGGGAAUUUCAGUUGCAUGCACGGGUAGACAAUUGAAGAUGCCAAAACUGACAAUUAAGUCGAUGCUGACAACAUUCAUGAAAGAGCCCGUUAACCUGCAUUCUACCUCACGAUGCACAUUUUCUAUGCCAUGUUAGGGGGAAUCAAAAGAAUCCAGAACCUACUUAUUUUAUUGCUAAUAAAUCCUCUUAACACCCUUUCUAAUGUUUCUGGAUCCAUUUAUCAUGAAAUGAAUUAUGAAAUAUUCUUUAUUAGGUUUUGUUUCAUUAAUGUGAUUUAUGUGAAAUCAAAUAUACAUGUAUUGGGAAAUGAACUUGGUUUGUAUUUGUGUCUAUUUAUGAUGAAAAUGAAAUUCUGUACCGAAAUGUCGGAUCCGCCUUGGGAGGGUUUUCCUUGGAUGCAUGAAAUAUUGGUGACCUUGGGUCCAUGCAAGGAAUUUGAGUGAUUUGAUUAAAUUGCAUGUUGUUUAAGCACUGCACACUCACAUGGUAUGUUCUAGCACAUGUGCUGUGUUAUUAUGAUGGUAUCAAUAACAACUCUUAUUUGCCAAUGUAGCCUCUUUAGCUAUUCUUCCAGCAGGCCCUGCACAAUAUAUUAUUACCCUCCUCCAUUCUAAUACUUGUCUAAAACCCCUGACAAGAAAGCAAAAGGUCCCAUUUAAAAAAAGUCUUGGGUAUGGCUCGGCCAGGGGUCGAAUCCAUGACGCCCUGUGCAUAAGGCGGGCCAUCACCAGUGAGUGUUAAGAGAAAACAAUACCCUCAGGCAGUCAAACUAUAUGCUAAAGAGAUUAAAUAUGACACCAAAUAGUGAUAAGAAACAGCAAGUAUUGUAAUGACACCAGUGGAUAUUGAACAUAGACCUCUGUUACAACAGAUUUCCUAAGUAGUCGUGGGCCCCCCCGAGACCAUUUCAAAUCCGGUGUAAACGCACAAACCUACCCACGACCCCUUCUGAGCAAACCUAUCUCGGACCACCUUGCGAUGUGUUCCGAGACCGGUCUAGGGGCGCCCAGAGACUGCUUUGGAUUUGGUGUAAGCCCAAACCCGCCCGAGACAGGUUCGCUUGAUGUGCUACACGUGGAACGAUUAUCCAAACAACAAACACAACACGUGCUUGGCACCCUGCCAAACCUAUCUCGGACAGCUUUGGUAAUUCGGUGUAAGCGCACAGAAAGCUGUCUCGGGGCACCCCCAAGACUCGUUACGAUUCCGACGUAAUAGGGGGUCAAAAAUUUAGGUCAAGUCUUUGGAAACCAGUCUCGGGUCGCCCCGAGACUGCUCUUGGGUAGGAAAUGGGUGUAACAGGGGUCUAACAUACGUUUUAUAACACCACCAAUGGAUGGUGACUUAACGACAUGUAUGAGACAGCCUUUACAUUUUGGUCCUCCCAACAAGAUGAAUCUACAAUCCACAUUUGGUUUUCCAGUUUAAUAUGACGGGUGUUCUUAUAGAAUCUGCCCAGGUUGACCAACCUGGGCCCCGUGGCAUAAAAGUUACCAUUAUGGUAGCUUUGCCAUCCAAUGGUAACUUGCAUGGAAUCCUUGAUUUUGAUUGGCGUUACCAUGGUAGUUACCAUGGGAAGACAAAGUUACCAUAAUGGUAACUUUUAUGCAACAGUGCCCUGCAUUGUGAACUUAGUAUGUACUUAGAUUAAAAAUACAUAAGAUUACAGUUGGAUUUUAAUUUUCAUAUUUUACAAGCAUCUGAAUGAAUAAUUCAUUUUUUCUUUUUAAAGUUUGACCAUCAGGAAUAUAGGAUUGAAUGAAAUUUAAACCUAUUUGUGAAAGGAGAAAAUCUUUUUGUCUCAUUCAGCACAAGACGAUAUCUCCACACAUUAAAUUUUGCAUAACUUCUAGACAGCUUUAUGAAACUGCUCCCAGUUCAGCUUUGUCAACUUGGCCCUUGCACAUGCAUGUCGUGUGUUUUCUGCACAUGUAUGUGCUGUGUUGCAUUCAAGCAAUUUUGAGUAUUCAAGUCUCUUAAAAUGUAUUAUUUUCUAGUAUUAAGAUGACUAAUUACAGUAUAUGUUUACCGAAACUCCCAUGGUGGGCUGUGUCGUAAAAUACGUGGAAUCUUCACAAAGCUGACUUUUCAAAAGAGCAGCCCCUGCCCCCCCCCCAAAAAAAAAAAAGAAGAAAAAGAUUUCUGCAAUAACAUACUCAUACAUACCUCCAUGCAUAGAUUCUACUCUCCACAGGGUAAUGUAAUAGGUCAUCAACUUUGCAGCUAGAUGCAAAAGAAUAUUGCAAAGCAAAAUCUAUUUGUAGUUCCCUGUCGACCAA